AUGCAUGAGCUUUAUUCAAAACUCUACAAAGAGGCUGAAAAGAUCAAGAGGUGGAAACUGACAGUAGAAUCUGAACUGAAGCAGAAGGAGAGAAAACUGCAAGAAAAUAAAAAGAUUAUUGAAGCACAACGUAAAGCUAUUCAAGAGUUACAGUUUGAAAAUGAAAAAUUAAGUUUGAAAUUGGAAGAUGAGAUAUGUGAAAAUAAAGAUCUUCUACAAGAAAACAGUGCAACAAGACAUUUGUGUAAUCUGCUCAAGGAAACCUGUGCUCGAUCCACAGAGAAGUCCAACAAAUAUGAACAUGAAAGAGAAGAAACCAGACAUCUAUAUAUGGCACUUAAUAAUAAUAUUGAGAGAAUGAUAUUGGCUUUUGAAGAACUUCGUGUGCAAGCAGAGAACUCCAGAUUGGAAAUGUGUUUUAAAUUAAAAGAAGCAGCAGAAAAAGUAGAACAGCUUGAAAAAGAAUACAAAAUGGAAAUAAAUGUCAAGGAAAAGCAGCUAUCAGUUUUGACUGUGCAAAGUGGUGAAAAAGACAAUAAAAUGAGAGACAUCACAGUUCAGUUGCAGGAAUCAAGGGAUAAGAUUAUUGAUUUAGAAGAAGCAACAGAACAACAAAAAGAAAUGUUAAAAGAAUCACAGAGCAAACAGAAACAUUUGAUGGGAGAACUGGAAGAAGCUAAAGUUUUGCUGCAAAAAACAGAGACUGCUCAGAAGAGUUUAGAAACCGAAUUACGGACUGCAAUGAAAACCUUAAUUGAAGUCACUGUAGAAAAAGAAGCACAAAUGGAAGAACUUAAAGAAACUAGGGCUUUGCAUGCCUCAGUGGUUGAAGAAUUUGAAAUUGCUGUUUCUAAUUUGAAAGAGUUGCUGAAAAGAGAACAAAAUAGAUUGAAGCAACUUGAAGAAGAGUCAGAAAUACUUGCCUCAGAGCUCCAAAAUAAAUCUGUUGAACUGGAAGAGAUGGCCAAACUAAAAAGUGACAAAGAAACACAACUUGAAGAUCUGACAGAAGCCUUGGAACAAGUUCAAGAACUUUUAUCUGAAAAGAAACAUCUUGAGAUCACUAUUGAAAAAUUACAAAAGAGAGAAAAAGAGAUGAAGGAUAUUCUUCAAAUCAGAGAGAAAGAAGUACAUGAUUUGGAAGUUCGGUUAACUGGUGCCAUUGAAAAUGAGCAGAAUUGUUUAAAACAGAUUACAGCACUGAAUGCAGAGCUUGAAAAAGAGAUGCUGCAGAAUGAGGAACUAAAUAUGAAUUGCAAUAAGCUUUUAUUAGAAAAAGAACAAAUAGCACAAAAGAAAAGUGAUACUGUCACAGAGCUCAAGAAACUACAAGAAGAUAACAGAAAGAAAGAAGAAAAGACUAAGAAACUAAUAGAAAACCUUGAAGAAACAAACGGCCAGCUUAGAAAUGACUUGGAGUCUCUGAAGGAGAAGAUGAAAAAGAAAGAUGAAGAGGCUAAAACUAAACUGGAUGAAAGUGAAGAAAAUUUUAACAAUUUAAAGAAACAGGUUGAAAAUAAAACCAAAUACAACGAAGAACUGCAGCAAGAGAAUAAAGUGUUGAAAAAGAAAAUUGCAGCAGAAAGCAAGCAAUCCAGUAUUUAUGAAGGGAAGGUGAAUACAUUACAACUAGAGCUCGAAAAUGUAAAUAGGCAACAUAAGGAAACAAUUGACAGCUACCAAAAAGAAAUUGAGGCAAAAAACAUAACAGAAGAAAAACUUCUUGAAAAGGUGGAAAAGAUGAGGUUAAUAGCUGAUGAAGCAGUAAUACUGCAGAAAGAAAUUGAUAUUCGAUGUCAGCACAAGAUAGCUGAAAUGGUAGCACUUAUGGAAAAACACAAGCAUCAAUAUGAUAAAAUGGUUGAAGAAAAAGAUACAGAAUUAGAACUCUGUAAGAUGAAAGAACAAGAACAAAUGUCAGUAAAAAGAUCCUUGGAAAUUGAGCUAUCUCAUGUGAAAAGUGAACUAUUAUCCCUUAAGGAGCAGCUUAAAAUAGAGGUUGAAGAGAAGGAAAACCUUGCAAGAGAAGCUAAAGAAAAUGCGGUUUCUGAAAAAGAAAAAAAGCAUAAGACAUAUACUGUGAAGACUCCUCCAAAAUAUAAAUUGCAAAGAGAAAGCAUGAAUCCACUUUCAGAAGAAGACAUGAAGAAAAAAAGAAAAGUGCUUUUAGAGCUGGAUACUCACUCAGAUAGCUCAGAACACAAUGACCUCCUGAGCAUAGUUUCAGAGGAAGAAAUGUUUAAAAAGCUGUACAAAAAUUGUCCUCAAGCUUCUCGCUUAUGUGUCAUGACACCAAAAAAGAUAUCAACUCUGUCAACCAUAAAAUCUACUGGUGCUGCACUGAAACUUACAGCUAUGAAAAAGAUGCGAGAGACUGGAUGGACUGCAGUUUCUAAAAUGGACAGGAAAAAAAAAAUGAAAGAAGCUGAAAAACUCUUUGCCUAA